CCCACAUCGAGUUUACGCGUCCUUGUGAUUUCGGGUCUCCCGGAUCACACAGAUGUCCAGUCCCAUCUCCUCAUUGACGAAAAAGACACGUACUGAUGUAUCCCAUCUAUUUACCAGGCCCGUCUGUCUGAUUGUCACAUGCAGCACCCCCUUGCUCGUUGUGCUCUGCUGCUUCAUCCGAGCCGCCCUGCUCCUGGUGUUGCUCUUCCCUGGCCUGCUGCUCGAGCUGACUGAUGACCGGCUGCAGGAUGUCGACAACACUGGUGCAUGCAGACAUGAGCAUCCCCUCUGUGUAGGGGGGGAGGGGGGGCGACGGCUCCCCGUCAGGCUGCACUGGUGCGUCCAUCUCUAUUGGCCCGUGCUCCCUUAUGUGGUCGCGAAGACACGACCACACCACCUGAACCAAUCACCCACAUCACACCCACACAUGCACAUCACAUGCACUCAGAUGUGAAACGGACAGUGAUCCUCACUCUCCGCGUCAUCUGACCUUGGCGGCCAUUUGUGGCUCCCACUGCAUUGGGAAAGAGGGCUGGGUCGGGGGGUCGGGGCACACGAUGACGUCUCGCUGGCGGACAAGGCCAUCGAGUGAACCCCACACGUCACUCGUGGGGCCUUCAGCUGGUGGCUCCGACGCUGACUGCGCAUCGGUGGCAGGGUCAGGUAGACAAUCGAGAGAAUCGCGGCGCACAUACUGACAGAACGACACCAUGUUUGUGGAAGGGUUGUGUCUGUUGAUCCGUCAACCUACCUGUCGAUAGCCCACGACGACCCGGCAGCUCUGCGCUCCGCCACGACUGCAUCAAUGACGACACGCACAGCAAACAAGUCUGCCACGUCCAUGCAGCACCCAGAAUGGUGUCUGCCUACGCUUCCAGAAGCCGCUGCAGGACACGAACGAGCUCGUCAAAUGCAGGCGACGCACCAUCUACCCUGGUGCACUCGGCUGCAGAAGCGGCUGCAGCGUCGGGGAGGGUUGUGGGGGCCCUUUGGCAGAGAUGGGUGAGGAAGAGGCCUCGAGGACAGCAGCCGGUCGUGUGGUCCACCUGCACUCAAGUGGGUGGAACCUUUGCUGAAGAGCCAGACCACACCUGUAUUGUGGGCAUUGGUUCACCUGCAACAACUGCACGGGGUUCGUCAUGCCGUCCUCGAGCACCGCGCCGGCUCCCACGCCCACUUUGCCCCCUCCAUUCGUCUCACUGGCUGUCGUCUCGGUGUCGCUGGGCACGGGCGAUGGACGCGUCCGUGCCUCAGAGGGCCGCUCACGAGGGGAGGGGUCGGCCAACAGGGCACGGUCAGUCAGGGCAAUCAGAUGCAGCACGGAGGGGAUUGGGGAGGGGGCGGGCGUUGUCUGAGGGGGAGGGAUGUAGUCGGGGGAAGAGAUGAGCCGACUCGCCUGGAUGGUCUGCACAGGGUGAGGGAUUCGCUUCUGAUCGUACCUACCUCUCUGUGCUGAGGUGACUGACACGUACCUGUCCGUUGUCGAGCCGCAGGCCGACAAGUCGAUUUUUUUCGUUGUCGCCUUGUCGUGCGAUAAUGUGCGUGGGUCUGCACCUGAGCAUGUAGAGACCUGGAGGGCACAACACGCAGUACGCAACUGCAUCAGACAAACCAAUGCACUGUCCUCCUACAUGUGUGGACGAGUGCAUGCUCACCUCUGUGGAGGGCGCAGACCCGCGUGAAGGCCUGAGGGAGCUCCGCCGUGCCGUACAUCGGGUACAGAAACGGACUGCCUGUAAGACAUCAAACAUAGUGCCAGAAUACCGGCGUGUUCAGACAUCCAAGUCCGUCGUAUGGCGUACUGUAUGCUUUUUUUUACCCGCGGCGUAUAUGCCCAGGGACCUGAUGAUCCGCUCCACACGAUCCACACCUGCAUGAAUAAGCAUCCCCUUUCACUGGGUGGCGCGACGCUUUUCGUGUCUCUCUCUCUCUCUCUCUGUCACCUUGUCGUGCGGUCCACUGUGGGUGUCUCUCCUCCCCCAUGCAGACGCCGUACGUCAUCAGGGACUGCAGCCGGUCUGUCAACUGAUGCGACCCCAUGUACUCGAACCACGUCCCGUCCAACACACCCGACUCAUCGCCACCAUCUCCACUAUCCUCAGCCUCGUUGUCGGUGUCGCUGGCAGCAGCGGCGGCAGCGGUGGAAGCCGUGGGCAGGUCUCUGCCUUGUAGCGCCUUGGGGGUGUGGAAUGCGGCAGAGCUUUGGGCAGCGGUGAGUGAGGUGAGGAACUUCAUGAGCAGCCGCUUCUCGAUGAGCGAGAGGGCCGACGACUGGAAGAUGUCACUCCGGCUGAACGGCAGCCGGAACCAGUCGCCAUCAGACCACGUAAACAGCCCUUCCAUUCCUGCAGACAGACAGACAGUCAGACGCACAACAACACGAGGACAUGUUGUAUACGCCUGAUGUUGGUGUGAUGGCACGUGUACUGGCCUUUGAAUUCCAGGUAUCUGGACACCCCCGAUCGCAGAAGAAUGUCAACUAGGUCGCUGCGGCAGUACAGCAGCCGGGGACAAACGUCCACACAGAACUGAUUCGAUUGCCGCACAAGCCGCUCUUCAGUCGUCUCACAUCCACCGCCACCACCACCACCACCACCAGAAGCCGAGGCAGAAGCAGCAGAAGCUGGCUCACUUUCGUCGAGCAGGAACGGUUCAGUGGCCAUAAAGCGGUCCACAAAACACGAUGACGUCACGCCGCUAUCGCUGCCGACAUCGUCCAGCGGCACCCACUCUUCGCCUGGUGGUGGUGCUGUUUGGCCAUCUGCCUGGAGCUGUUGAUCUGUGGGUGGCUCGGGUUGUUCGCGUCCCUGUGACCACAGCUUGAGCUGUUUGUAGUUGAGGCUGCUCCAGUUGCCGCCAUAGUAGUCUCGGCCGUCCAGAUGAAGCACCUUCAAACCACAGCGAGACAACGAUCUGAACAAACAGAGGUAAAGACGAGGGCGAAUGAACACGCGUGUUGCAGUCGUCUGUUUGACUGUCCUAACGCGGCGAUGAGGCAUUCGAUGAGUCCCGUGCCGACGACGCACACGUCGAACUCCCGCUCGCCCUCGUCGAGGAGCAUGCGGCUGAGGUUGCGACGACGGACGAGGGCCAGAAAGCGAGGGCUCUGAUCUCCUUCGCAAGCAAAGUGCCACGACUCCAAUGUGCUUAGGGUGUCUAUGAAACCUUCGCUAGCCAUCAGCUCGCAAGUAUGAAAGCUCUCUCACCCUUGUUACC